AUGGCAACCGUCGAGCAUUGUGUCGUAUGUUUCGAGGCUCUGGACGCCGACCUCAGCAACCGCAAGCCCCUCUCCCUUGAACAGAUCCAGUCCUCGUGGGCCGCAUACAAGGCCAGCUCCGCUUCCGUGUCCGGCCCCUCUGAGACUCCCUUAAAUCCCGCUCUCCGGCGUCUUGCUGCCGACGGCGCCUCGUCAUCGUCAUCGUCGUCGUCUUCAACAUCGCUAUCGGCAGCAGGAGCCUCUACUCCCGCAACGUCCACAUCCUCCCUACCCGAUAUCGCGCCAACAGCCGCUCCCCUCUUUGUCACUUGGAAUACUGUCGACCCAGAAGAUGACGACGUCUCUCUCCGCGGCUGCAUCGGCACCUUUGAGUCUCAGCCACUGUCCGAGGGCAUUCAUGAAUACGCCCUCAUCUCCGCUCUGCAAGACACACGCUUCCACCCGAUUUCCAAGCGCGAGCUUCCCACACUCCAGGCCGCUGUGACGCUGCUCACAGACUUUGAAGAGGCAGACGAUAUGCACGACUGGGAGAUUGGAACUCACGGCAUUCGCAUCUCCUUUUUGGAUCGCGGCCGACGCUAUGGCGCAACGUAUCUGCCCGACGUAGCACUAGAGCAAGGAUGGACCAAAGACGAGACGCUCUUUAGCUUGAUCCGCAAAGCAGGCUGGAUGGGCAGCCGUUCCAAAUGGCAAGACUUGGACAUCAAAGUAACACGCUACCAGGGCAAGAAAAUCAGCCUCAACUAUCCAGAGUUCAAGAAGUGGAGGGAUUGGGUCGAGAGCAAGCAGUAAUGAAGGGCCCCGUCUAUUGUGAUGUAGCUCGGCUGGGCGUUUAUAGACAGAGAGGACAAACAUUUGAUUCAUUGGUAUAGGUAAUAUUUGGGACUAUUUGGGACGGUAAUGGAUGACAUACAACGAACCUUGCGACGCUUAUAGACGAAUGACGUGCAAGAGUGGAGGAGAUGAUUUUCUCAGCUCAGAUUCUUUUUUUUUUUUUAACUUCUCCAUAAAUCUUGUGUUCUUUUUCAAUAAAAAAGACUAUGAUAUCCUUAU